AUGGACUACAGCAUGGAAGACACCCAGAACUCUGCUCCCGGCAGCGUCCAGGCGGCCAAGCUCGGUGGCGCAAGAAAGGGUCCCGAUGCGCAGAGCGUUACCAAGAGAUUGCAGACGGAGCUGAUGCAGCUCAUGACCUCGCCCGCCCCCGGCGUCUCUGCCUUCCCUUCAGCUGACGGCAACCUCAUGUCCUGGACGGCGACAAUCGAGGGCCCCGACCAGACUCCCUACGCCGGCCUGACACUCAAGCUCAGCCUCUCUUUCCCUAGCAACUACCCUUACGCGCCGCCUACUGUGCUCUUUACGACGCCCAUUUACCACCCCAACUUCGACUUCUCCGGCCGCAUCUGCCUCGACAUCCUCAAGGACAAGUGGACGCCGGCCUACAACAUUCAGACCGUCCUCCUCAGCUUGCAAAGCCUGCUGGGUGAACCCAACAACGCGUCUCCUCUCAACGGCGAGGCAGCAGAGCUCUGGGACAAGGACCCCGAGGAGUUCAAGCGCAAGGUCCUGGGCCGCCACCGCGAUGUUGAGGACGAAUGA